UUCUAGUGACGUCACGUUUUCUCAGCGACUCGACAGAAACCUCGGACUGUCAGGAUACAAAUGAAUGCCAGUCGUACAUUGAAUCAUUGAGUCUGGGCCAGUAUGAAGAGUGUGUCCACCCAGACACCAGACUCAGGGUGUGCAGCAUCUGGCAUGGAACACCUGAGGACCCAAUUGCAGCUGUUGCUCUCUGACUUGCGGAAAGUUGGGGAGCUGACUGGAAGUCGUGGUGUCCGUCUUCACAGUCUCGAAAGGACAGUACACAGUUCUGAUAAAGCACUGGACAGCAUGGGGGCAGCAAUUGAAGGUUUGGAACAGGAGAUUGAGGCUUCACAAGAAGAUCUCUCUGAUUUGGAUGAUAUGUACUCAUCGCUACUAAGCAAGCAGGAACGCCUUGACGAGGCAGGUCACCAACUGUAUCAGAAGGUGCACGUGCAGGAUAUGUACAUGGGGAAGGUGAAUGCCCUGGACCACUGCCAACGGAUAGAACUCACCAGUACCCGCUUCCUGAGAGAUGAGAUAAGGGAGGAAAAGGAAAAGAAAGAGGAAGAGCUUGGUCUAGCAAAGCGGAGACUUGAUGAUCAAAACAUGGACUUCUAUAAACAGUUUGAGGGUCUGAAGACUGAUGUGAAGCGCCAUCGUCAUGAUGCACGGCCCCUGAUCCUUGAGCUUGACACUUGUGACAAAGCCACUCUCUCCAGACUCAAGUACUUCACCAGAAGUGACUUCAUCUCUUCAGAUGACAUGGAAAAGACUCAGAAACUGAUCAAGUAUAUGGAGUAUGCCUCACGACAUAGGCAAAUGUUUGAUGAGGUUGGAGAUCUGGAAUUUGACAUGAGAAAUUCCUGAGAGGGCACUUGAGUUUAAUAUGUCACAGAUGAAGGCAAAGUUAUCUAAAAUCGAAAGUCUGGAGAGGGAGUUGUCAGACACACAAGGAGUUUUCAGGGAGACAAAUGGCAGCUACCUGAAGAGUGCACCACGUUGUGUUGAUCUGACAGACAAACACCAUUAUCUGCAGGGAGAAACAAACAGACUUAAGUCAUGGACAGAGGAGGAAGAUAUUGGUGAUGAGCACGCCCAUGUUGGUGGAAUGGGUCUGCACAGAUGUACUAAGAUCACUGACAUUCGCCUGAAGUUACAAGAAGAAGACAUAAUGGCUGAGAAAGAAGAUUUAAUCUGGGUGGACAGCAUGCAAAAUGAAAAGGACAUUGAACAAUGUGAAGAUGCAAAUGUCAAAACGGGGAAACAAAAUGAAGAAGAGGGGGAGCAAGAAGAUGAGGAGGAGGAGGAAGCAGACUCUGAGGUGGAGGAAAAAGAAGUUUUGACAAGUAAACCCUGUGAAACCAAACCUCUUCUCAACACCGGAAAUCCCCAGACCCUGGCCAUGGAAGGAGUCUCCGCUUCUG